ACAAUGGCCAGAACAGCUUUAUUUGCAAUAUAACAAUUCUGUAAGGCAUCAGUAACUUAAUUUAAUACCAAAAAGAAAACUUGAAGGUAGCCAAUCCUCUCAUGGCAUCCCAGACGGUUUAGCCACGCCAUAAAAGUGACAGCUGUGAGGCUCUAAUAACGUAAGCAACAGUCGAAGUUUACACACAAAACACAGGCUAUAAUACCUUCUACAGCUGGCUUGCAGCAGCAGUGCUGCACUGACCUUACUCUCCCAGGGGCUUUGAUUGACAGGAGCAAAGUUUCUCGUGCCGGUGAUGACGCGGCGGCCCCACCCGGCAGCCAAUGGGAGGCACCGCGCCGUGUGUGACGUCAGGGGCAGGCUGAGCCGGCCGCUUUGUCCGUGUAAACAGGCCCAGGGAGGCCAGGCCUAGCCCAGCCGAGCCGGCGGACACAGGCCGCUCGCUCUUUGCCCUUUUUUUCCCGUUAUUUUAAUUUCGGAGGCCUCGCACGCCCUCCACUUGAACCCCGUACCGACAGAGGAAGCGCCAAGAGGGGACGCGGCCAGUUAAAGGGGCGGGGCCCGUAUCGAUCUGAUUGACAUCGCCGUAAGCCAAUGGGAAGUGGGCGUGUCCGGUUUGGCGGCCGUGAUUGACAACAUCGCGGGGAGGCCGUGUCCAAUCAGGUCUGUUGGAGGAACAUGGCUCAAGAAACCAAUCAGACUCAAGUGCCUAUGCUGUGUACCACUGGCUGUGGAUUUUAUGGGAACCCACGAACGAAUGGCAUGUGUUCGGUUUGCUAUAAAGAUUUUCUUCAAAGGCAAAACAAUAAUGGCAGAAUAAGUCCUGUGUCUCCCAAUUUGAACAGUUUAACUGAAGUGUAUCCUGUUCACUGUACAGAAGAGAAUCUCCCAGAAAUACCAUCAUCAUUCUCUUCUUCCUCCACUUCAGGCCAAUCAAGUCCACAACCAAUAAUGGGAAGAGGGAAAAGGGGAAGAAAGCAAAGAGAGAAGAAGGGAAGAUCUAUUAAAAGAGAGGGAAGAAAGGGAAGGAAGAGAUCAGUGUCCAAUCAGCUGCUGCUACUAUCCCGUGAAUCAGUAACAAAUCCCCAAAGUGAUGGGGACCACACAGAAGAUAACCAAGCAAUGACUAAAAAAGAGUUGCAGGCUUCUACAUCUGAAGAAAUUGCACAGACAUCUUCUGACAGACAGGAUAAGUCUCCUGAAAAACCCAAGCAGAAGAAGAAUCGUUGUUUUACCUGCCGGAAAAAAGUAGGACUUACAGGAUUUGAUUGCAGAUGUGGAAAUUUGUUCUGUGGAUUACAUCGUUAUUCUGAUAAGCACAGUUGUCCUUACGAUUACAAAGCUGACGCUGCUGAAAAAAUAAGGAAAGAAAAUCCUGUUGUAGUUGGAGAGAAGAUCCAGAAAAUUUGAACUGCUACUUACAUUAAAUUUUUUCUUUUAAACCACGUGAACCUAAUUAAACAGCGGAGAGGAUAAGCUGAGCUUUGUAGUUCAUUCUGGGAGUUUGAAGCAUUGUACUUGCAUAGAACUUUAAAUCAUGCAUGCCACGAACAAUAGAAUUUGAGAACAGACUGAAAAGUUCUUUUUUCUUUAAAUAUUGUGUUUGAAAAAUUACUGCUUAUUUAAGAGCAAGUCCAUUUGCAGCCAUUUUAAUCUUAGUUAAUUGUUGAGCUCAUUUUUUUAAAAAGUAGGUGUUCAAGGGCAGCAGUUUUUCAUAUUAAGCAUGCAUGUUUCAAAUUUGCCUUUUCUUCGUUUGUGUAUGUGGCCUUUCUCAGUAGCACGAUCUCUCUCAAGGCAGUGUCACAAAUGGGCCUAUCAGUAACUGUACUCUAAUCACUGCUUUGUUCCAUUCAUGAAAAGGCCCCAUGUGUUAGCAUCAUAGCUUGUUUGCUGCUCCAUCUCAUUAAUAAUUUAUGUACAUAAAUAUAUAUGGUUUAUGAAUUGUGUCCUGAAUAUGUGCAUCAAUGCUGACUACAAGUUUGAUCAGAAAAUACAGUAAGGCUUAACCCUAAGCAUAAAUCAAACACAAGUUGGUAAUAGUGCUGUAUUUAUGUUAGUUUAUUCACUGUCUUAAUCUUGAUUAAAUAAAGUUAUAAAGGAAAACUACUGAUUGUUUGGAGAAACAAAAAAAGAAAAUCUUAGUAGAGAGCUCCUAUCUGUGCCUUGAUAUAAAUAUAAGACUGUUGUAAUACAGAAUUUUAAAUAUUGCUGAAAGGAGGGACAUAUUGUCAAAGCUUUUCAUUUUGCACUCAUCAGGACAAACAGAUAUGAAUGUCAACUUGUACUCCAGGUAAAAAGGAAGUUGAUUAGUUGGCAAGUCAUUUCUGGUCAUGACAUUGCCAUGGAGAAACUAUAGGUUUCCCAAGCUCAUGUCUAAUUCAAAAGCAUAUUCCUUUUCCCUGCAGACAAAUGAUCCUGAUGCAUAAUGUAUAUUGCUUAUAGCAGGCAUAAGUGAGCCAUGUUACACAGGGAAAAGGAAGGAAUAUAUAUAUACAAGCCUUGCCCAGUUUUAAAUUACCUGGGAGCUUGGAGACCCUACCAUUGGCUGCGAAAGCAAUCAGAAUCAAUUUGUCAAUCAGUCAACACACUUUUUUCUCCUGCAGUAUAAAUUGGUGUGAUUAUUUGACAUUCUUGCAAUUGUCCUGAUGAGACACCAGCUUCAACAACAUGUCCCUUCUCAGCAAUCUAUGUAUAUGGAACUUUGGUCAAAGUAUUCUCCUCUUGCACCCUGCCAUCCUCCAUUUUGAUGAUGUUUCUAAUUAUUUUUGUGAGUAAGUUCAUUGGUUAUUAAACCCUACAGAUUGUUUCCAGUGUAGAAACCAUAUAUAUAGUUUCUUGACUUGUGUAACUAAGCUUUGCAAAUGUGGACCAGUACAUAAUGCUACUGAACCAGCAAUGAAAUGUAUUUCAUGUGGAUACAUAUUUAAAGAGGAUUGUGUUUUAAAGUGUUAAUGUUAGUUACUCGAACAAUAAUCUUUUUUCCAAUUCUCUUUUUUUUUUUUUUGGUUUGGUGCUUAUAAGGGGGAUUUGGUUUAAGCACUAUGGUUUAACUCCUUAAUUAUUUACAGUGCAUUUUAUGGCUUGUUGAUUCAAACAAUUAUGGGCAAAAAUAGAACCUCAUGAUGUUCCUCCUGGAAAUCUUGACUUUGAGCACUGGAGCACUUGGUUAUGCCACAUUCGUUUCCAGGGAACUGAAUAAAAAUAUGAACUAAACGUGCAAUGUUGGAAAGAAGUAAUGAUGGUGGGAGUUUUUAUUUCGGGCGAUUGUGUUGAUUUGAAGCUGCAACAGUGAUUCAAAGUAAAACUAUUUAAAUAGCAAGUUGAAAGCAGCAGGUGCCUUUUUUACAUUUUCCUACUGACACAAUUCUAGGAAUGCUGAGUAAUGUUUAAACAUGAUCCUGUAGUCAGCAAUGGCUGUCUGUCCUAUAUCUAAAUCUCCAGGGUUAUAGUGAGUUAUUCACUAUAUAACAGCUGAGCCCAUUCUUGUUUGCUGCGUCUGUGUACAUUCUGCAGCUGGAGUAAUGAGCAGGAACCUCAGCUCAAUUUUCUGUUCCUCCUUAAACUCAAUACUUCCGAUUCUAGCAUCUCCAGAAAUAAUGUUGAAUGAGAUGGGGACAAAUAGCAAUUUUGCCAAUGCCAUCCAGAAGCAAAAUCUUUAGAACCAAAUACUUAUUGAAGUACAGGUGUAUUGUAUCAUGAUAGUAGCCUGAGCAAAAAACCUUGUUGCCAUUGUGUUGUUUCAAUUUUCUGGAAAAGUAUCAAAUUAGUAGAUUAUUCUAACAUUUUACUUCAGCAUAGGGAAUCGAGUCUCAAAUCAGUAAAUCAACAUUGUGAUUUAUAAUCUCUAGCCAGUUAUUUAUAAUACAUGACUACAAAUCCAGCUGUGAAAGCAUUGUAUCUGCAUGUUUGCUUUACUGGCAGCAAAUUUAAAUGCACUCUGAGUUCAGGUUCUCAAAACUUCCUUGAAAUCGGUUCUGUUUUGGUUGGCAUUCCAGUCUGGCAGGAUCCCCUUAUCCAAGCACAUCACAUUUGAUGUGACACUAAAGCAUUAUGUCAAACUUGUGCUAAUGUCAUUGACGUGAAGCUGAUAUUAACAUAAUGUUUCCAAAGUAAUAGCAUAACCCAACAGCAAACAAUUUCUCAAAUUAUAUUUUUUUGUUUUAGAUUUAUUUUCAGACCUACUAAAUGGUGCUUCCACUAACAAGUACAUUUCAUGGGAAUUAACAUGUUUUGUUUCACUUUGAUAUCAUUCAAUCGGAAUAUCUUAAGUUUUUCUUUGUCUACAUAACUAUCUUUCAUACUUAAUCGAAUGUAUCUGAUCACUCUGCAGUCAGUUUCAACUAGAAGGCAAGCAUGUGUGAUUAUGUAUUUUGUAAAAUUUCACUUUCCAAAAAUGUGACUAUGAUUUCUGUAUUAUAUUUUUGUAUGACUGUAGAUAGCCAAGGUUAAUGUAUUUUAGAAAUUACUAUUAAGGUCACAGUCUUCCUACUAAAUUUGAAAUUGUAGACCAGAGUCCAGCUGCUUACAGAGUACUGUACAGAAGCUAGGUUUUAGCAGCUAAUCAAAGUAUUGCUCGUUUCAAAGGGCAUUAAGUAUCUGCCAAUAUUUGGAGUUGACAUUUCAGUUAAGGAAUUUUUUGAAUUCCUGGCAAAAAUAUAAAAUUUACUUACAUAAUUUCCUUGCAAUAUCUCUUCCAUUAGCAUUUUUAAAGCAAAUUUAAGAGUAUUAAAAGUAAGUUGAACAUCCAGUUUGGGAUUGGUUGAGAUUGACUGUUGACAUGCUGUUUAUGAGAACUUGCUAAUGGUUGGUAUCAGUGGAUCAAUGAGAUAAAUCAAUUAAGUUGAACAUUGUCUUGAGCUGAGUUGGUGAAUGAUUGUCAAUUUCCAAUAACAGAUACUCUGAAAGCUACUGAAACAAACAAGGAAUUUGGGCUUUGCAAGCAUUUUUGCAUAAGACAAAUAUUGUACUAGUUUCUUGCUGUGUCUUUCUGCUUCUGUAUAAUACUUGUAAAUAAAUUUGAUUUUAGUUUUAGUCUUCCUUUUGGUCUGGUAUGGUGGAUUUACUGACAUUGAAAUUGACAGUAAUGCAUUCUAUCCCACAUGGUCUCCAGUAUCCAAAUUCAGUUGGGACUUGGGAGUAAGUUUUGUAGUGUGUCACUUCACUUCUACCAAAAACAUGCAGAUUUUCCUAAGAAGACUUGUGGAAUUUGCUAUUUUACUGUAAGGAAAUUCGAACCACUUUCUUUUCGUAGCACGUAGAUGUAGAGAUUUUAAAAGCAGAGUACAUCUUAUCUCUGACCUGUCAAAUGUACCCUCAACCAGCAUUAUUUGGUUUAGAUAUUAUGUUUCCAAACAGACUUAGUUGCUGUUUGUUACAUCUUGUGCAUAAAUUGGCUGCUGCAGUGCCUACCAUUACAGUGACUGCAUUUCAAAUGUAUUUACUUGUAAAGUGCUUUGGGGUAUCUUUUUGAAAGAUGCUAAAUAAAUGCAGAACUUUCUUCACUUUAGUUUCUCAGUUGACUUCACACCCUUUGCAGCUUAUGCUUCCAAAGUAUAAAUUAUAUAAUAUCACUGUCGGAGAAGGGCAGCAAAAGUACGAGUGUUUGGAUCCCCGAUUACUACUUUGUUCAGCACUUGCUAUCGUACAAGACAAUUCCACAGAUUUGGCUGUUUUUAUGACAAGCAUAGAUGCAAAGUGCAGGACUCGACUUUGAAGAACUGUCUGGCUGCCAGGAAAGAAAUGUAAACUUGAAAAAAGGCAAAUCUGCUGCAAGUCCUGUUACCAUGUCCUAUGCAACAUUCCUGUGAUGUAUCUUGGUGUUUUAUGUUCAAGGCACUAUGAACUCCAGUUGUAGGUUGAAUUUUUCAGCAUGGCAUGGAUAUAAUGGACUGAUACCAGUAUAAAUGCUUUGUUACCAUCCAUAAUAAUAGUGUUGUAAUGUUACUGGAAUUGUUAUUCAAUAGCCUGAUCAAGUGCUCUAGAGGUAGGAAUUAAAAUUGUACUGGAGCAGGUGGAUGAAUUUAAUAAUUAUGAAAACCUGGAUUGUUUAAAUAAAGUUUAUUAAUCCA